UUCGCGCCCUGGGGUGGACAGAGAAGGGGCGAGGUGGGUGUCUAACUUUCAUCCUGGCAGCUACUUUAAACCAGACCUGCGGGGGCCUGGGGAACUCCCAGCUACUGGAUGUGGGGCCAAAUUAUCUCCUAGGGCGGCUGGCUGCAGCGUGUCAUCUGGGGCCUCUUCUCCACUAUAGGUUCUGAGCCCCGUUCGCCUGGGGGUAACGCACUUACGCCCUUCAGCACCUCGUUAGCCUGCGGAACUUUCUCCCACAAGCUAAGGCAUUAAUUAACCUGUAAGCCUCUGAUCAAAACAGGACGGGGGAUGCUCUCUUGUGACCGGUCGUUAACCUGGGGAACUCGCUGCCACUAGCCCCAGCCUGUAAUAAGCCUGCGGGCCUCCCAGAACCCCGCCGACGUCUCUGCGCUGGUCUCGUGAGAUGUGCGUCGCCUUGUUCACCUGGGGAACUCCUUGCCACACAAUAAAGGGACUGGUUUCCAGGGGCAGCUGUUAGACACAUGGGAUCUCACCUGGAGAACUUUCUGCCCCAUGAUUCCCUGCCAUUUGUCAACAGGGCAGGAGCGGAUGGGGUACUGGGGAGCAUUUCAGUGAGAGGCAAGCGGUGGCCGCUGGAGGGGGUGUUCGCAGGCAAAAACAGCAGUGGCAAUGACCAUCAUUAGGGUUCAGAGUCAAUGUCGUAGUGAACGGCUGGUUCAGGCUCAGGGCAGAGUCUGGUGCGGCUGGGCUGGGGGAAGUCUGGGCUGCUGUGAUAAGGGCCCCAGCCCCUGACUCAGCUGCAGAGACCGGAACCAUGAUGGCUCCCCCCAUCCACCCCCCCACCUCGGUUCUUGCCUAGGAGCGAGACGUGGGCCCCGGCGGGGAGACGCCCAGAACCGAUGGGCUCGGCCGUCUGGGUCCUGCUGGCCCUGCUAGCGCCCGGCCCGCUGCGGGGUUCCCCCCCGCGGCUGGAGGUGCGGGGGGCCGGGGGUCAGAUCCUGCUGCCCUGUGGGGCCUCGGGCUCCCAGCUGCGCUGGGUCUGGUCCCCCCGAUAUCCCAAAUGUGCCGGCGUCCUCGGAGACCUGCUUGAAAUCGCCCGGCUGCCCCCUGGGCUGGAGCCCCCCCUGGCGCAGUUCAGGGGGAGGCUGGACCCCCACCCCUCCGCCCAGGGGUCCCUGCUGCUCCGGGAUCUGAGCAUGAGCGACUCGGGGACCUUCAUCUGCCUCGGGGAGUCUGGGGCCCAGGCCCCCAUCCAGCUAGAGGUGACAGGAGGCUGUCGGAACAACCUCACUGUCUCCUCCAACCAGACGUCCCCCUCGGCCAUGACCCUCCAGUGCCGGCGCUGCCCCCCGCUGGCUGGUCCGGCCUCCUUCCGCUGGUUCCUCGACUCCCAGCCCCUGGGCAACCGGCGCUGGGCUACCAAGAGGGAGCAGGGGGCUACUGUGUGGCUGGACCCGUCCCGGCGGGCGGCUGUGGGGCGCUGGGAAUGCCGCCUCCUCCCCGCCUCUUCUGGGGGCUUUGAGUUCUGCGUGGCGCCCCCCCUCGGGGCCGGGGGCACAGGCCCCGGCUCUGAGUGGGGGAUCUGGGUCGCGGCGCCAGCAGCGGUUCUGGUUCCCAUUGGGGCAGGGCUGGGCGCUUGGCGCCUGUGGAGACGGAGGCGGGGCAGGAACCGACGGAAUCAAAACAAACGAGAGAACGAAACAGGAGCCCCCGGGCCAAGUUUAUCCCCCUUGGAAGAGCCCCGGCUGGGAGCCAAAUCGACCGAAAGACGCCUCGUGCCGCAGAGAGGGGAAAGCAAAGUCGCAAGCACCCUGCUUUACGCUGAAGUCCAGCACCCCCUGGUGGUUUGUGCCCCACCCACUCUCCCUCCCCCUCCCCCACAAGGCGCCACUGUCUAUGCCACUAUUUUCUGACCCCCACCCAAGCCGGCUCCGCUCCCCUCUUCUCUCCAUCCCCUUCAUCAGUUCACACCCCGGCUCCCAGGUGAUGGGAAAUUCAGCUGAAAGAUGUUGUUAAUCUCUGUUAGAAUCUUGUGGUGGAGAGUUCCACAGGUUAACUGAUUGUGGCAUUAAAAUCUGCCUUUGAAACCC